AUGUUUCAAAAACUUAUCCAAACGGACGAAUUAAUCGAUCGGAAAAUGAUGAAACCGGUCUCGAAAAAUAUUUUACUAAUCAGAAAUAAUAGUGAAGUAAAUAAAAUAAAUAGCACAAGUGAAGAUGACCGUGAGUUUAUCGUUAAAUAUCAAGGAAAAACUUAUGAGAUAAGUAAUUUUUUGAAAUAUCAUCCGGGCGGCCGUCAAACACUGAAAGCGUAUAAAGGAUUGGCGGUGGAUAAUAUUUUUAAUGAUGUUAAACAUUCCGAGGCAGCAUUUCAUUUGUUUAAUGAAUUCCAAAUUGAUAAUGAAAGAGCUUACGAAGAUAUAGAGAAUUUAGUUGACUGGAAUGCUCCACUGUUGAGUCAAGUUGGGUUGUUGUUAAAUAAAUAUUGGGAGUGGGUUAAUUUACCCGUGAACCGUCGGAUACGUCUUUUUGAAUCAGAUUGUUUGGAAAUGCUUACAAUCACACCCUGGUACGCAGUACCGCUUGUUUGGAUACCGAUUUCAAUUUAUUUUCUGUAUCUCGGAUUGCUGAAAAACAUUUCAGGGCCACUUCAUUAUUCGAUAUUCUUCAAGAUACUUGCAUUAUUUUUGGGCGUAUUACUGUGGACACUAAUUGAAUACACGCUUCACAGAGGAAUUUUUCAUUUAAAACCACCAGCGAAUUCAAAACUUCUCAUUUCAUUACAUUUUAUUCUUCAUGGAAUUCAUCAUAAAGCUCCAUUCGAUGAUCGACGGCUAGUAUUUCCACCAGCAGCCGGUAUUUUAGUAGCAUGUGCCGUCUACCAAGUAUACAAAAUUAUUAUUCCUUCAACGAUAAUCGAUCUCGUCACUGCCGGAACUAUGAUAGGGUAUUUGUGUUAUGAUCUCAUACACUAUUAUUUACACUACGGAACGCCAAGUUCGCAGAGUUAUUUAUACGAAAUGAAGCGAUACCACAACCAUCAUCAUUUUUCACACCAUGAAUCAGGUUUUGGUAUAAGCAGCAAAUUAUGGGAUUAUUUUUUCAAAACGCUGAUAAUUUUAAGGCAAUUGAAAAAGGCCAUUAUUUGGUAA